CCACCACACACACCAUCGAGGAUGAUUCCUUCCGUCUUCGUGAAUGGGCAUAUACGUGAUUUCAUCUUUCGCUCCGUCUCGCUUCCUACACGCAUUUUACCUUCCAUUUGUCUCCGAACUUUCUAUACGUGUUGACGACCCCACCUGUUCCAUCCCGGCUGUCAGUUACGACGUCCGCGUGAGUCGAGCGACAUCAUGCCGCUGCCUUUCCCUGGCUCCACUAUAAGACCGCCGCUUUCCUCUCCCGCCACCACAAAGCCGACCCUCUCUCCUCUAAAUCACAUCAAAUCGGGAACAGGAGCAGCGACAUGCUGAGCUUCUCCGACCCGCAGCGCUCCUUCCCGUCCUUCUCCGGCGCCUCUCGAGAGCAGGAAACAUCCGCCAUCGUUUCCGCACUCGUCGACGUCCUCUCCGGCCACGCUACCGCCCCCGCCGCGCUCCCGCUCCCCGACACCUGCCGCCUCUGCGGCAUCGCCGGGUGCCUGGGCUGCGACUUCUUCGCCUCCGCCGACGACGAGGUUUCCGCCGCCCCGGCUGUCGCUGCCACUGACCCCGGGAGGACGACGAGGAGGAGGAGGAAUGAUACGAAGAAGAGCAAGUACCGUGGGGUGAGGCAGCGGCCGUGGGGGAAGUGGGCGGCGGAGAUACGCGACCCCAGGCGGGCGGUGCGCAAGUGGCUGGGCACCUUCGACACCGCGGAGGCGGCGGCGAUGGCCUACGACAGAGCCGCCAUCGAGUUCCGCGGGCAACGCGCCAAGCUCAAUUUCCCCUUCCCUGAUCAGACGCCACCUGCUCCAGAGCAGCAGCAGGUGUCGGAAAUGGUGGGAUAUGGGACAGGUUACAUGAUCUGAUGACACUGGAUGAUGAUCCAUCAUGGAUUUUAGCUACUUCCCGUGCAAACCCGUAUUUAUUUAUUGGUUUAUUACUAUUAUUUAUUUAUCUGUAGAAAAAAUGAAUACUCAUCAAAAUUGUCUUUUUGGA